CACAGCCGCCGGUCUGACGUACGUGGAAAAACUUGGUUCCGCGAAUUUCUUCCUCACCCGCUAGUACCCAUUAUAAGUUUCUAUAUCAAAUUCCUCACACUUUGCCAGUCGCUCUUUUACUACUUGCUGAGUCUUCCGAAUCGUCCUGACUAUAAUCUUUCAUUUAAAGCACACUCCUUUCAUACAAAAAUAACCAUGUUGGCUGCCCUCGCGUUGAUCAUUUUGGCCUCGUCUACUGCUCUGUUCGUACAUGCUGAUCCAGACCCAACCAAUCCUGGACCUGGAGAUGUCUUCAUCGAGGGCCAGACUUGCUCUAUAAACUGGAACCCGGAUACCACUGGCGCAUGGAAGAAUAUGAUCAUUCAGUUGAAGACGGGAGACAACUUCAACAUGGUCAACUUGACCACGGUGGGCACCGUUGACGGAACGGACGCGACGAAGACCUCAUUCUCCUAUCCUUGUCCUAAGGUCACACCCCACUCGCCUAUCUACUUUUACCAGUUCUCUUCUACGGCUUCCGCCAACAGUGUCUGGACUGGACGGUUCACGAUCACUGACAGCGUAACUGACAUCGUCACUGCGGCUGAGAGCACUCAACCUGACGGCUCGGCCAUUCCUUGGGGUACCGGUUCACUCGUCAAUUCGACUUCAACCACCACCGUUGGUACCACAAGCUCCAUGCCGGCUACAGUCAGUGCAAUUGAAACACCGAGUGCCGUUUCUUCCAGCGCUAGCGAUAGUACCUCGACUGUAUCUACAACUCCGACACCAUCCUCUGGUUCGCAAGCAACUGGCGGUGGACUCGACUUGGCGGCGCAAAGCAUCGGCUGGAAGACUGCUUUAACACUGGGCGUCUCGGCACUGGGCUUCUCUUUGAUGCUUUAGAUUCAUGACCUCACGAUUAGUACAGACCCCCACUUCAUGUUACCACAGCAUGCCGGAUACCCGUCUCUACUCGCAAUCUCCAAGUCAUCUAUCUCACUGUAUCUGUUUUAAACCUUGGGUCUGCGGCGUGUAUGCUCGAUAGGGCACAUAUUGUUCAUUUAUCUGGGUCGUUUCUCUGUCGGUAUUCUAUCUUCGUCUUUAUACCACAGACAAUACUACCUUAUUGCUAAAUUAUAGUGAUGCUCUAGAUGCUUUUGCUGUAAUCUUCAAACCAGUGGUGAUCCAGUUCGAUUGCUUCACCCCUGAACCAAUGGGCUGCAUCAAAUGAGUCUUAGACUGGUGACCAG